UGGAAAUAGACAAUAAUAACCCCAUGUGCUGUGACGGAUCUGAGUCCAGGACGCGAUCUUGUAUUUUUUUUUGAAUGGAGGGUCGUGCACAUGCCGUGUGCCGUGAGUGCCGGUGGGACAGGACGCGUUUCAGGUUGGCUAUCACUGCGCAGUGAUGGAGCUCAGGGUGAGGUAGCCCAUACCUUGUUAAUAGCGCUCGGGCGCCGGAGGGUUUGCGCUGAGAGGGGUUCCUGCACAGCGCCAUCGCAGCUCUUAGAUCACACACACACACACACACACACACGCCGUCGCGUCGAUCAGCUUUGAUGCCCUAAGCGAGCUUUACGCACACAUGCGCUCGCACAGCACCUUUUCUUUUUAACCAAGCGUGCAUGUGCUGUAAAACUGCCCAGGAUCUAUUGUGCACGGUGAUUUCUCCUUGUCUGGUCUCUGCAUGAGACGCGUGCGCGCGCGCGCCGUUCACGAUGACAUCCGUGUAGCCCACCUGUACCUGGCCUAGCAGGCAACGUUAAUGUCCGAUCCGUGGCGACUGAAACAGUGAAAGGACAGAGGUGGAGGGAGUAAAGGAGGGAGGGAGGGAGGGAGGAAGGGAGGAAACUGAGCGCAUGUCUGCGCUUUAACGCUCGCGUAACUCAAUCCUGGUGAACCGCCGGUGCGAGGCAGUUUACACGCUUCCGAGCUCCGUUAAUGACCGUGACAAUAAAAGCGUUCACAGGUGUAAACGACUGAGAUCUUCUACGACAUGAAGGGGUUUAGGGAGUAGACUCUUUGGGCACUUCUGAAAUGUCGCUUCAUCGCAUCCCAAGCUGAAGGAGCAAAGCGCGAGGUUUCUUUCAAUAAAGCACGCUGGGAUGCUCUAAUCGUGCUGGCACUCCGGAGGAACUGCGCUCCAAGAACAGGAUAGCGCAGAAGGACCCAGUGAGCCAUGAGGAAACUGGAGAGAAAGGAGAACUUGCCCCUCAUCGCUUUCAUUGGACAGCAAGACGUGGACCACACACUGCUGUUACAGAGGCUUCCAGCUUGGCUGUGAGAAAGAGAAAGGGAGUGAAAAGCCAGAGAGGAGGCCAGUAAAUGUUGUAGCUCCUACUUCUUCUAAUGGACCAGUGGCCGGGGGAGUUAUGCCAGAGCUCAGGCCUUUUCCCCCCACCGCAUCUGCUCCUUGCUAAAGCUCCCAGCUGAGUCCUGGAGAGCUAAAGGCUGAGUGAGGAAGCCCCAUGCAGGCGCGCAAGAAGUAUGUGCUGCUGGGUCUGUGUACUUGCUGCUGGCUGCUGCUCUUCUACUGGGGUGGCCUACACGAGCGGCUCUUGGGCCUGGUGACACGCCGGAGGGCCGAAGUGCUGCGCCCAUGGCCUGACUGGCUGGACCGAGCCUUUUUACCAGCGUACGUCAGCCAUGUAGAGCUGCAGAAUGAAGCAGGACCUGGAGAGUCACCUAUGCUGCGACGGCAGACCUGGAACAGCAUCUACAAGGAUAGCCGGUGUCGAAUGGAAACCUGCUUUGACUUUAAUCGCUGUCAUGGACGUGAUGGCUUUCGCGUGUAUGUAUAUCCAACUGAGAAGGGCGAUCGUGUGUCGGAGAGCUACCGCAAAAUCCUGGCCUCAGUGGCCGAGUCCAGGUACUACACAUCUGACCCACGUGAGGCCUGCCUGUUUGUUUUGGGCAUUGACACACUGGACCGUGACCAAUUGUCGACUCAGUUUGUCCCAAAUGUUGACGAGCGCAUCCGUGGCUACCCACUCUGGAAUGAUGGACGCAACCACGUGGUAUUUAAUCUUUACUCAGGCACAUGGCCGAACUAUACGGAGGACCUGGGUUUUAACAUAGGCCAGGCCCUCUUGGCCAAAGCCAGUCUGAACACAGAGCACUUCCGGCCCGGCUUUGACAUCUCCAUUCCGUUAUUUUCGAAAGAACAUCCACAGAAGGGUGGCGAACGCGGGUGGUUACUUCGCAAUAUCGUACCACCAAAGAGGAAAUAUUUGCUCAUGUUCAAAGGAAAACGCUACCUAACGGGUAUUGGCUCUGACACACGGAAUGCACUGCAUCAUAUCCAUAAUGGCAAAGACAUCAUAUCCUUAACAACCUGCCGCCAUGGGAAGGACUGGGAAAAACACAAGGAUGCCCGCUGUGACCAUGACAACGAGGAAUACGAGAGGUUUGACUAUCAAGAGCUGCUCCACAACUCCACCUUCUGCCUGGUUCCACGUGGACGACGCUUGGGAUCCUUUCGCUUUCUUGAGUCUUUGCAGGCGGCCUGUAUCCCAGUGUUGCUCAGCAACGGGUGGGAGCUGCCCUUCUCUGAUGUCAUCCAGUGGAAUCAGGCAGUUAUCGAGGGAGAUGAGAGGUUGCUGCUUCAGGUGCCCUCUACAGUGCGGGCAGUGGGCACUGACCGCGUGCUGGCACUAAGACAACGUACACAGAUGCUUUGGGAGGCCUACUUCUCCUCAGUGGACAAGAUUGUUCUCACCACUUUAGAGAUCAUUAAAGAUAGGGUGUAUGCCCACAUCUCAAGAAAUAAGUUCAUGUGGAAUUCUUUGCCCGGUGGACUUCUGGUGCUGCCCGAAUAUUCAGUCCACCUGGCCCAUUACCCUUUCUACUAUUUGAACCUUGGAGUCAUGCCUGGCCAGGAAUUUACUGCAGUCAUCCAUGCUACAUCUCCGCUGGUUUCCCAGUCUCAGCCAAUUAUGAAGCUCCUGCAAGUGGUGUCUAAAUCCAAAUACUGCUCACAGAUUAUCAUCUUGUGGAACAGUGAAAAGCCGCCCCCUCACAGGAGCAAAUGGCCGCCCAUGCCAGUGCCCCUUGUUGUCACAGAUGGUAGAAGGAAAACAAGCAGCCGUUUCCUGCCGCAUGUUGCAAUCGAGACUGAAGCGGUACUUAGCCUUGAUGAAGACUCAGUGCUACUGACUAGUGAGGUCAACUUUGCAUUCCUUGUAUGGCGGAGUUUCCCCGAAAGAAUUGUCGGAUAUCCACCCAGGAGUCAUUUCUGGGAUCCAGUAAAGAAAAUUUGGGGUUACACCAGCAAAUGGACUAAUGAAUACUCAAUCGUGCUGACAGGAGCAGCCUUUUAUCACAGGUAUUAUCAUUAUCUGUUCUCACAUUAUUUGCCCCCUUCAUUACGGGCGUUAGUGGACCGCAGCUCAAACUGUGAAGAUAUCCUGAUGAACUUCUUAGUGUCGUCUGUGACUCACCUGCCACCUAUUAAAGUGGCUCAAAGAAAGCAGUAUAAAGAGAUGCCUAAUCCACAGAGCACCAACAUGGCCCCCUGGGCAAACCCUGAGCACUUCACCCAGAGACAAGAGUGCAUAAACACCUUUGCAAGCUGGUUCGGCUACAUGCCUCUUGUGCACUCGCAGCUCCGUCUCGACCCUGUUCUUUUCAAGGACCACGUGUCUGUCCUGCGCAAGUAUAAGGACCUUGAGCGUGCUUGAGCCACACCGAGGCAUUGGCUCUCUCUUUAAAAAUGUAUAAACUCUGCAAAGUACAAGAGUUAACCUUGAGCCUUGGUUAAUAUUUGUGUUAACUGAAGAGGGACCGCUUCCAACCUACUGAAUUUUUGACUGGAUCUUCAAUUUUUCACACAAACUCAAUUUCGAAAGGGGGGGGCAGCCUCCAUGCUAUCAGAUUGCACUGGAUGCCAUUUCAAUUGUGGUUUGAUGUUAGCACCUAGCAUGAUGCUAACAGUUCCAUAAACUAACAUUAUUGUGUUUGUGGAGUCAGUCACAACACAACCUGACUCAAUACAUGAAAAUGUACAUACAUGACCAAUAAAACAUUUCUGAAAUGCAA